UCCGAUUGGUCCGUUUCAAACUCACACGGCGGCUAUGUUGUGUUGUUGUCUUUAGUUAGCUAACACACAAAAGAGUAUCGUUUUUUUCUCUCAACCAAUGUCCCACACAUAACUGCCAGGAUGAUGGAAUCAUGCCUGAACAACGAUGUUGACAGACGGGUUCAGAUAGAGGUCGAUGAUUUGAAGAGAGAUCUCUCAUCCGAAUUCAGCACCUUGCCAGACCCACAGCAUUCCAGCAUUGAGGAGAAAGAGCACCUUCAGGUCUACCUCCGUAUCCGACCCUUCAGCGCAGCAGAGACUAAUAAUGGAGAGUCACAGGGAUGUGUUACCAUAGAGCACCCUGACACAAUUCUGCUGAAACCCCCCAGUUUGUCCCUCUCGGCGAGGCUUAGCGCUGAUAAAUCACUUCCACAGACUGGACAGCGUUUUCAGUUCUCUCAGGUGUAUGGUCCUGAGACGAUGCAGAGAGAGCUCUUUCAAGGCACGGUAAAGGAUUUGGUGAAAGAUGUUCUCGAAGGGGGGAACUCUCUGGUUUUCACUUAUGGAGUCACCAACGCUGGGAAGACCUUCACAUUCUUAGGUCCAGAUGCUGAUGCUGGUAUCCUGCCCAGGUCUCUCAAUGUCAUUUUUAGCAGUAUUGAGGAACAGGUUUUCACUGGGAUGAGCAUCAAACCUCAACGCUGCCGCGAGUUCACAAAGCUCACCAGGGAGCAGCAGGCUGAGGAAGUGACGUUCAAGAGAAACUUCUUAAGUCAAUUUAAACAGAGCGAGAAGAGCAGCCUGUUGAACUUGACCAACAAGACUCUCUUUGAAGGUUCCUCCAUGCUGGACACCACCGUAGCAGCGGAGGACAAAAUCAGUCUGGCCGUGGAAGCCCACACAAAGUUCUCUGUUUGGGUUUCUUUCUGUGAAAUCUACAACGAGAACAUCCACGACCUCCUUGAGGUGAUACCCAGCGGGGCGCCAAGGAGGACCGCACUGCGCCUGUCACAGGACGUCAAGGGCAACUCCUUUGUCAGAGAUCUGCGAUGGAUUCAGGUAAAUGGUGCAGAAGAGGCGUACAAGGUGAUGAAGCUGGGCAAGAAGAACCAGAGCUUCUCCUCCACCCGACUCAACCAGCUCUCCAGUAGGAGCCACAGUAUUUUCUCCAUUCGCAUAUUGAGGAUUGAAGAUAUUGGGACUCCGAAGGUCCACGCCGUCAGCGAGUUGUGUUUAUGUGACCUGGCUGGCUCUGAGCGAUGCGCCAAGACCCAGAAUAAAGGAGAGCGCCUCAAAGAAGCCGGAAACAUCAACACCUCGUUGCUCAUCCUGGGAAAAUGCAUCAACGGACUUCGACACAAUCAGCAGGCCAAGCUGCUUCAGCAUGUUCCCUUCAGGGAAAGCAAGCUGACCCACUACCUGCAGGGCUUCUUCCGGGGUCGAGGUAAAGCCUGCAUGAUCGUCAACAUCAACCAGUGUGCCUCCAUGUACGAUGAGACUCUCAACGUCCUCAAAUUCUCUGCUGUGGCGCAGAAGGUGGUUGUUCUGUCCACCAGGCCCCCUCCCAUCAUCAUCAUACCCAAGAGGUCCGCCGGUGACAUAUCCUUCAUCAUCAACAAUGCUGAGAGAAAGUCUCUGCAGAGCAGCAGGAGGACCUCCCUGAUUGGCUGGGAUACAAGCCUGGAAGAUGUACAGGAGGAUGAGGAUGAUGAGUAUGAGGAAGAAAUGAGCCAGAUGGAGGGCACAAUGGAUCAGACAGGCAAUGACGAAGACACCAAUACAAGUGAUGAUUCACUUCUCAUCGGUGAACAGACGCACCAGCGGCAGUUGAAACAGCUGCAGCUCCAGCUGAAGAAGGAGCGAGCAGAGAGCCUCCUCAUGGAGGCGCGACUCAGAGAGGAAAUCAGCAGAGAGUUCUCCGAGAUCUUCUCCGAGAUGCAGAUUGAUUAUAAUAACCGCCUGGCGAGGGAGAGUGAGAUCUUAGAGGAGCGAGCAGAAAGGAGGUUGGAGAUCUUCAAGAACCUCAUGAACAAAAUGGCCACCCCUGAAUCCAGUCAAGACGCACAAUCCAUGGACACGUCUCUGGACUCCCACUCCGCUGAGGCUGCCCAUGCAUGUCUGGGCUCAGUCCAAUCAGGGGCUCAGGAAGACGAGGGGGAAGCUGGAGAGGAGCCGGAGAGGAAGACGUUGGAACUGAGUGAGCACCAGCUGAAAGGGCAGAUGCCUCGCAAACGCAAUGGUGAAAAUGAAUGCAUCAGUGUCUUAAUCUGUCUGAAUGGUGAAGCCAGUGGAUUGGAGGAUACAGCGAAAAGGAGGCUUCUCUCUCAUCCCCAGGAGAAGUUAUCAGGGAUUGCCCGACUGGAGAAACAAGUGAAAGACCUGCAGAAGACGAGAGGGCUUCUCAAUGAGGGGAGUUCUCGUGAGAGAAAGCAGCUGCAGGAGGCAUUUACUGCCCUCGAGAAGGAAAAGAGAGGCAGAGAAGACACCCUGGCUGCUUUGGAGUACCAGACUAUGGAACGAGAGAAGGCCCUGGCAUCCUUAGAGGAAGAAAGCAAAGCAAAGGAGGAGGCCCUCGCCACACUCGCUGAGCUGAAGCAGAGCAAAGAGGAGGCACUGGCAUCCCUUAAAGAAGAGCGAGACGGCUACAAGAAAGCCAGGGCAGCCCUUGAAGUUGAAAGGAGAGCCAAGGAGGACGCCAUGGCAGCCCACUCUGAAGAGAAGCGAGGCAGAUUGGACAUCGUUGCUGCUCUCGGCCAAGAGAGGAGUUGCAAAGAGGAGGCUCGGUCUGCUCUGGAGGGGGAGAGGAACGAAAUCAGCAGGCUGGUCGAGGAGAGAGAAACGAGGCAACAGGAGAGCGAUGCACUCCGACAAGAAGUCAGAGAGCUCGCUGCCAGGCUGCAAGACUCGGAGCACCAGAUGAACAGCAAGACAAAGGGAGCCGAUCGAGUGUUGGUCCAACUACAAACUGCUCAGGCACAGCUGGACCAACACGCCGAGGAGAUCCCGGAGAAAACGUCCCUGAUCCACACCCUGACGCAAGAAGUUCAAAGCCUGAAACGGGAAUUGCAGACUGCAGCAACGUCAUCUGAUGCUGUGGAUCAUCAGCUGAGAGAGGAAGUGUCGGAGCUGAGGGAGAGUCUGGCUGAGGAAAAGGAGAAAAAUGAGAGCAAGGACACGCAAAUGCUGGAACUGGAGCACCAGCUCGGACAGACGAAAGAACAGUUGGCGCACAAAUGGCAGAUCUCCAACCAGCAGCUGCAGCAGUUCACGGAGGAGAGGAAUCAACUGGAAGCGGCUUCGACACGGCAAGUUGAAGAACUAAGAAAGAAGCUGCGGGAGCGAGAGGAGACGUCGCAGCAAACACUGGAUGAACUCGGCUUCAAGCUCAAAUGCCAAGAACAUGCUAACGAAGAAGAAGUAAAGCAGCUGAGAGCAAAGCUUGAGGAACCAGCUCGGGCCUCAGAGAAGCUGGCAGAGGAGCUCAAUGAGAAGCUCCGGGAACGAGAAGUGAUGUCGCAACAGCAGUUGGAGGAGUUAAAAUGCAAACUUGGUGAACAAAAAGCAACUUUCGGCAAACUUUUAGAUGAUCUCGGGCUAAAGCUCAGCGAGCAGGAGCAAAGUGCAGCGCAGCUCAAGGUCGAAUUAGAAGAAUCGAAGUUGAAAGGUUCAAACAAUUCUUCGAGCUCUGCUGCUGAAGAGGAGCUCAAGAAGUUGAACUCUGAUCUCCAGACGGAGAUUGCAUCCCUCAGGUCAAAGGUUUUCAACAUGGAGGAAAGCACAACCGGAGCUCAGCUAGCCUCUUCAGAAUUUGAGCGAAUGCGAAAAGAAAACGUCAACCGGAUGGAGGAGCUAGCGGAGGCGGCGAAAGCGUCCACGGAGCUGCAGAAAGAGCUGCUGGCAAAAGAGGCACAGGUGACGUCCCUGCAGAAGAGCCUGCAGGAGGCACAGGAGCAGCGGGAGGAGCAGGAGAGCCAUGCGGUCCAGGAGGCCCGGCGCAGGGAGGUGGAAAGGCGCAGGGAGCUGCUGGCUGUGGCGCACGAGGCCAUCGCUCAGAAGGACGCAGCGCUAGAGAAGAGAGCCGAGGAGAUCAAAAGACUAAAAGAAAACGCCAAGCAGGACUCGGACAAAGUAAAGAGCCUCAGCCUCGACCUUCAGAGGAAGGAGGACGACACUUCAGACCACCGAGAGAAACUAGCCGACUACAAGAAGCAGAUCCAGCAGGUCCAGAAGGAGAUCUCUGGCAUGAGAGAAGAGGAAAAGCUUCUGAGGCAAAAGCUGGCUGACAUGGAGAAAGCCAAGAAGCAGCUUCAGUCCGACGUUGCCAACAGAGACCGAACCAUUCAGCAACUCAAAGUGGAACAAUCGUCUGACACCAAGUCCGACCAGAAGGCCUGUAAAGACCUUGAAGCCAAGGAGCGCGUGUUGGACGACAUGCGUUUAGCUCUGACGGAGCAGGAGGAGACGCAGGACCAGAUGGAGCAGGUCUUGGAGGAGAAACUUAACCUCAUCCAGGAACUCUCGAGCGAGGUGGAGAAAUUGAAAGGGGUGUUGUUGCACCAGGACCGUCGUGGCAACGGCUCACAGCUUGGUGUCGACGGCCCAUCAGAUGACCUCAAACUGGCCAAACAAGAAACUAUCCGGGCUCAGGAAAGCUUGAAGCUGUGUGCAGAGAAACACCAGACGGAACGCAAAAAGUGGCUGGAGGAGAAGCUGUCCCUGAUUGGCCAGGCCAAAGAGGCGGAGGGCAAGCGGAACCAGGAAAUGAGGAAGUUCGCCGAAGACAGAGAACGCUACACUCGGCAGCAGAGCCAGCUGGAGUCCUUAUCCUCCCAGUUGGCGGAGAAGGAGCAGAUCAUGGAGAGGUGGAGGAAGGAGAGAGACACUCUGGUAGCAGCUUUGGAGGUCCAGCUCCAGAAGCUUCUCUCCAGCCAAGCAGACAAAGACAAACUCAUCCAACAGCUACACCAGAAUGCCACACAGCCCCCACAAGAGACUGGUGAUGGAGAGGCGGAGCUGCAGGCUGCUCUGUCUGACAGGGAGGCCGAGAUCUUACGACUGAAGGAAGAGCUCAAGGCCUUAAAUGCCAAACACGAGGAGACAGUCACACAGAUUAAAAGCGACGUGAACCUUGAUACAGUGGAUGGAAAGCCCCAGUGUGAAACCAUUAACAGGAAAUCAGGAGGAAGAAAGGACACCAGGGCGUCAGUCAGCAGUCAGGGCUCGGCUGGCUGUCAGUCCGUGCUGGACUCCUCUGAGAUUUCCACAGAGAACGGCAGGACGAGGCGCUUCCCCCGGCCGGAGCUGGAGAUCGCCUUCAGCUCUCUGCAGCCGAACCGCAUGGCUCUGCGACGCCAGGGAGAGGAGAACGCCGUCACCGUCAAAAUCACGCGCUCGGCGCGUAAGAGGAAGAGCGGGGAGAUGGAGAAGGCAACGCGUGACUCGUUCAAGGUCAACGAGCCAAGCCUACUUGUGCCAUUUGGAAAUGCCGUGACAUCCCGUGAACCGGUCGACGCUUGUGGACGUCCUGUAAAACCAAUUUCUUACAUUUUCAGGAGGAGUAAACGACGAACGAAACCUGAGGAGGAGGUGGUUGCAGAGAACAGAAGGAACACGCGGACCAAACUGACCCCACACAAAGAAGAGAUCUCCUCUCCGGGUUGCCAUGACUCCCAGAGCAGCCGCAGCAGAAAGGAAGGAACUCUGCAGAAGAUCGGAGACUUCCUCCAGAGUUCCCCCACGCUGCUCGGCACCAAAGCCAAGAAGAUGAUGAGUCUGGUGAGCCGUCGGGGUGAUGACUCAUCAGCCUCCUCUUCCUCCCUCAGUCUGAGAGCAACGAAGAACAAGAAGAAACUCUUCAGGCCUGAAAUCUCCUCCCCCAUGGACAUGCCCUCCCACCCAAUCAUCAGCAGGGAGCCGGAGGAGAAAGAGGGCGACCAUCAGAUCAUUAAGAGGCGUCUUCGCUCCCGGAUGGUCAAAUAAUGAACCCGCUCACUUUACUGUGUACCAUCGUUUAUUUUUGUUGGUAAACACCAUCUUAAUAAAAUGAAGGAGGCAUUUAGCUGCUUAUAAGCCUUUUCUGACUUAAGUUAGAACUCAGUUGUCUUAUUUAAUCUAAAAAAAACUAUUUUACGAGUAAUAUACUAUCACUCCAGAAUAGAGCAAAUAACACUAAUAUACAGCUGGAUAUGUGGAAAGAUGGCAAUUUAAAGGAAUAAUUUAAUAUGGGGCUCAGUAGAAGGCAUUUAGCCGAGUUCAGCAUAAAAAGCUCCUCUAGAGCUCACAAACAUGUUGUUGUGUUUCUGUUUGUGGACAGAUUAAAAUGAAUAAAUACAACAGUUGGUGGUUUUAGGGGGAGACGCAUGUGCACAAACAUGAGGGGUCAAACUCCCAAAAUGUUGAAGCAUUCCUUCACAAUACUGGGAAAAUAAUUGAAUCCACUUUUGUCUGGUAAAGUAUUUUGGUCCACGUUCACCAUCAAAUGACUCGAGAGUCCAUCAGAUAGUAAGCUACACUUCUUCUACACUUUAUAGACAAAAUAUGAUUAUUUCUUUCUCUAUUCUUAUGUGCAAUGUUUUGUAUUUGUUUAUUCGAUGUGCGUAAGCUAUAACAGUUACACCUGUGUCAUUUUUCAAACCUUUUGUGUUUUCUUUUUUCUUCACUUAUUUUGUACUGAUUGGUUUUCUGAAAGUGAUCCAAAAAAGCUGUGAAUAGAGCAAAGAAAAUGUCUUACGAUGUUCUCAGCAACUUUAAUUUUUCUUCAUUUUCACAAUGUUUCAGAUGUUCAACGUCUCUGCAGGUGACUUUGUAAACAUCGACUUCCACUAAAGUCCUCGUGCACUUUAUUUCUCCAACAAACUUUGGAUUUGAGACGAAAGCCGGAGGACCAGAAUGAACUCGUCUGGUUCUGCUGUGCGCUCGUUACCGAACAGCUGACUUGAGGAUGACCCGUCCAUCAUUAUAUUCUGUUCCGUUUUAUUCAGGAACGUCUUGUUAAACCUGCCUCAGUUUAAAAAAAAAAAAGAUUGUUUAUUUAAUACCUGUUUUUUUUCUGAAAUUGUGCACUUUUUCUUUAAAAAUCUAUUCCAUACUUCUGUCAUACCAUCAUGUGUUUCUCCAUUUUUAUACCUUUUUUGUUCUAUAGGUCUUAUCUUGUCAUUUCCCAAAAUAAAAAUACAAAGUUA